AUGGCGACCCUGCGAAGAGCUCUGCUUCGACUCCCCCGAACCCUAACCCUAAAUCCCGCGAGAGCUCCACAAUCUCUUCCCAGAAUUCAUCUUGGAUCGAUCUCCCGCUUCUCCUCCAAUGGCGGAUCGCUUGACGUCGACCUCUCUAACGAAGAGAGCAAGCGCCGACUUUUUAACAGAUUGCUCUAUAGGAGCAGGCAACGGGGGUUUCUUGAGCUAGAUUUGGUUCUGGGGAAUUACGUGGAGGAGAAUAUCCAUUCGAUGGACGAGCUCCGAAUCAGAGCCCUUGUUGAUGUUCUUGACCUGGAAAAUCCAGAUUUGUGGAAGUGGCUCACAGGGCAAGAGGAACCGCCAGAGCCAGUAACCUGUAAUCCUAUAUUUACUGCUAUUCGAUCAAAGAUUAUGGAAAACCUCAACAAGCAUGCAGCUCCAGAGACUCGUUCAUCUCCUGGUCAACCAUGGAAUAAUUUCUCCAUCUCUGGUUGCAUGCUUCAUGUCCGUCAACUAUUUCUUGAAUUUGUCCAUUUGAAGACAUCAGUUGCUGCUCAAAGGGAAAGCUGUGUAUCUGCACUUCUGAUUAUCUCCUUGGAAAUGUGUGAUAUUACUGGUUUAGCUAGGAGGGGAUUAUUUAAGGAAACGGAAUAG